GUUUUUCAGACCUGCAUCAAACGAAAUACAUAACCUCCAGUGUGACUCAAGAAAAAAUAAGGCUUCAUUAAUGUGUGGAUAAGAAGAACAUUUCAACAGAAUGGGUUCCAAUCACAGCAGUGAGAAACUCCACUGUAAUCGUUACCUGAAAGGACAGGGUCCUCAAUCACUGGAACAACAAGUAAAUGAUGGAAUGAGUUGGAGGAUCACAUCAUCAAAUUUUUAUCAACCUGAAGGCAAAAUGAGUUUGGAGAUUCUUCACAAAAACAUGCCAGGUUUCCCUGAUGCCAACACACUGAAGAUCACUUUUAUGUUUCCUAAAGGCAUACAGACAGAGAAACACCCCCACCCUGGCCAGCCAUAUGCACAGACACAGGUGUGUACGUACCUCCCUGAAAACCAUGAGGGGCGGACUGUCGGCACUUUGCUGGAGAAGGUCUUCAACCAGCAGCUUUUGUUUAUCAUUGCUACCAAUGAAAGUGGAGAAGAUGUUAUCACACCAGCCUCUGUUCCACUAAAAAUACAACAUGAAGAAGAAGGAAGCAUAAUUGAUGGCUACCUUGAUGCAAACUACCUGAAGACAUUGAGUAAAGUACUGAAAAGUAAAGGCUCAAGUAAGAGUUGAUGAGAUUCCCUUUACUGCUGAUGAUUGAAGUCACAGGCUCCUGUUUAAAGCAAAUACAUCUAUAUAAGGAUUGGCUACAAUAUUUCCAAUUUUUGAAUAAUUAAAAAAUUAGUAACAUGUUUAUGAAAUGUUUGAUGUAUUCUGCAUGGGAGGCUUGAAUAAAAAUAUGGUUAUAUGUCCAAACAGAAAAGAUUAUAUAUAUGUAUAUAUUACAUAUAUUACAUAUUAUGUAUAUAUUACAUAUAUGUAUGUUUUUUUGUUUCCAAGUGUUUGUAGUGUAUCAGAAGCAUCUCCAAAGAUGCUAAGACAUUGUUCGUCUCUUUCCUGUCUUUGUUUCCAUCUGAAACUCUACUAAGUCACAUGGAAUCUAAUGAAUGUAAGUUGGGAGAUUAACGCAUAUACAAAUAAAUUAUUUAUUAAAGUUUUUUUUUUUUUUUGCCAUAAUGUCAAUGCUGUGUGUCAAUGACUCAGCGCAAUCUGCUUAGACAGACUUUUUAAAUUACUUUGAAUAAUUAGUUGAGCAUAUUACACUGUUUUCUAAUUUGGAUCAAGUUUGGAAUGCAUGUGACUGAAUUUAAAUUGCAUAAAUAAAGGUUUUCAG